AUGGCGAAGUUCGGCGAGGGCGACGCUCGGUGGAUCGUGCAGGAGCGCGCCGACGGUGCCAACGUCCACAACUGGCACUGGGCGGAGCGCGACUGUCUCGACUGGUCUCGCGCGCUUCUCUCCAAGCUCCUCGCGGGCCUCCCCGUCCUCUCCGGAGAGGGCGGCCUCACCCUCCGCACCACCACCCUCGACAAGCUCGAUGGCGAGGCCUACGUCAACAUCCGCAAGGGCAAGGUCAUCCCAGGGUACGAGCUUUCCCUCACGCUCGCCUGGGAGGCCGAUGCCACAACCGAGUCGGGGGUCGUCAAGGUCACCGGCACCGCUGAGGUACCCUACCUCGCUGACGAGAACGCCGACGAGGACCCCGAACUCCGCAUCACUGUUCGCGGUGACGACGGCCCCCUCGCGCGCCGGGCCAAGGAUGCCUUCAUCGCCCAUGGCAAGCCUCUGGUUAUUACGAAGAUCCGGGAUUAUGUCGCCGCCAUGGCGAAUGGUGGCCCCGCCAAGGACGAGAUAGAUUCUAAGAAGAUUUCCACCAAGGCUGCCCCAGCGGCCGGUGGCGCAGCUGUUGCUCCUGCUCCUUCAGUGAAGGUAACAGCAGCGCCAGUGCAGGCGCCAGCAGCUAAGGAGAAGAAGGCGAAUGGCAAGGAUAAGGAAGGAUUCAAGACUAUCGAGAUGACAGAGAAGUUCAACUGCCGCUCCAAGGACAUCUAUGAGAUCUUGAUGGAUGACAACAGGUGGAAGGGUUUCACACAGAGCAAUGCGAGGAUCAGCAAGGAUGUUGGUGGGCAGUUUAGCCUCUUUGAUGGGUCCAUCACAGGUGUUAAUGAGGAGCUGCAGGAAGGGAAGCUGAUCGUGCAGAAAUGGCGGUUUGGGAGCUGGGCUGAUGGCGUCCAUUCUACAGUCAGGUUGGUGUUUGAUGAGCCUGAGUCAGGAGUGACAACAAUAAAGCUCAAACAAACUGAUGUGCCAGAGGAAGACAGGUAUGGGAACUCAACCGUGGUGGAGAACACUGAGAGAGGCUGGAAAGAGCUCAUCUUCCAGAGGAUACGUGCAGUGUUCGGUUUUGGGGUCUGA